UCGCUUUACGAUAGAUAGAUUUUGCGUAAUUUUAUUUUAUUGCAUCUUGAGGAUCGAUAAUUUUUAGAAAUAAAAAUGCAACUCUUCAAUUUCUGCGGGUGUAAUAAAGAAAAUGUUUAUUGUGGCUUUCGAAUGUUCGCGCCGGUGAAAAAUUCUGCAAAAAGUGCAGUUAUAUUUUCCAUAAGUGGUGGAAAUCGUUUGCAAAAUGAGUGAUAGCUCAGCAGAUCCCAUCAUCACAGUUACGCUAGAGUCCGCAGAUGGGGAUGCGAAUGUCGUUAAUCUCGAUGCGGCUACUAGGAGUCUAUUAAUAAACGGUGGACCCGGUAGCAAUAUACAAAAAUACGUUACAUCGUCAAAGAAUUUCUGGAUAGAGCUGCCGCAGAUGAUAAUUGUAGAAACGCGCUUUAUUACACAACAGAUAGCUGCACAAAAUCGUAUAUAUUCUGCGCAAACAUUAUUACCAAUAACUGAUUAUAGAUUUGAGCUAGACGAGCAGGAGACCGUAUGUCCAAAUGCCGCACAAACGAAGACGCCACCAAAACUAGUAGAGGUAGGCACACUAGCAAAACCCGAUGUUGUUGACGUCGCCGUAAGCACCGACAGUCCUAAUCCCUUUCGCGAUCGGGCACAACAAACAACAAAAACAUUAAUACAAACUGCAGCGGUAGGUAUUCAAUGCAAUUUAGAUGACUAUUUCGAAUUUGAGGAAGCGCCAACUGAUGGGAAUGAGUUGAAAGCAAAGGCAAGCACUGAGAAACAGCAAUUUUUGAGAUUCACACAAGAGAAUUCUAUAUUUUACUUGAAUGGAAGACGCGAGUGCAUAUUAUGUGGAGAAGUUGAGGACACAAUGGAAAGAAUGCUUUCGCACUUAGCAAUCCAUUGGGGUCCUGCAGCGCUGUGCCAUCUCUGUGGUUUACAGUUUGAACAUCACAGGUUAAUGUCGUUGCAUCAAUGCAAAGUGAGACUACGCAAAAGUAAAAAGAGGAAAAAAUUCUACAGACAAUGUCCCGUUUUUUGGUGUGGCGCCGUGAAUGCCUCAACGAAAGAAUUAAAUGAACACUUACGUAGGCACUUCCGCAUGCGACGGCGACGCGCUUGUGUAACUUUUACACUCGAUCAAACGAUAGUAAUUAAACGGCCUUUUUAUACAAAAACAAAUUGUUUACAUCGAUGUAAUAUAUGUUUGCGUCGAUAUAAAAGCUCUCAAAAAUUUACUAAGCAUAGAAAACGUUGCCUUAGGUGCUUCAUAGCGCAACUGAAGGGGCAGAAAUAUGUGGAGCCUCUACUAAUAUUUAGUAGAAAAUAAAAAUAAAAUUGAUAUGUGCAUCCUAAGAAACAAUAAAGUUACAUUAAUAAUCGCAAAAACAUGUAAAAAUCACCUAUCUUCCAUACAAAUUGUUGACUGCUGAACGACCACAAGUGUAUUACAAUUUACACCUAC